AUGCAAGGUUAUGCUUUUGCACCGCCAUCCGGCCCUGCCAGAGAGGGGCAGAAGAACUAUGUCUUCGUCGACGAACAGAAUAGACAUAAGAGGCUGAAGGUAAUGCGAGCAUGCAAUGGAUGUCGAAAACGCAAGAUCAAGUGUGAUGCCGCGACAACAAAUACUUGGCCUUGCUCAGCUUGUGUCCGUCUAAAGCUGAUAUGUGUACCUCCGGCAAUUGGGCAGGAUGGUGACUUUGGUACCAUGGAUCCGGGGAUCGAAGCAGAUCAGCUUGCAAAUGUCCCCGGUGCAUCAGAUACCCCACACCAGUCCUUCGCUGUGAAUCAUAGGUUCCAAGAUGGUAAUUCAUCUUCCGGUGGAGGGAUUGAAACAUACACAGAUGGAAUGAGUUUUCUUCCUCAAUAUAUUACGCAGUCCCAACCCCAGAGUCAUCUGGGGAUCGCACAUGCAUAUACGCCGCUACAAAAUUUCUCGACAGCUCAACAACAAACAGUCAAUGUAGAGCAUGGUGUUCUCAUCGAUCAAGAUGAGUCCACAGCGGAAAACCUCAGUGGGGUGCUUGGUGAACUGAGGAUCGAUGAGACGGGUAUAGCGCCAUACAUUCGGCAACAAAGAAAGAACAGAUUGGAACCUGAAGCGCCUAUCCAAGAUGAAGCAGAAGAUCUCCCACCGUUGAAUAUUGGAGCAGGUUCUGCGGUACGCAUACCUCCAGAACUCAUGCCAUCUGAAAAUGAAGCCAUGGGUUAUUUCAGAGUCUACUUCGAAGACAUUCACCCUUAUGUUCCUGUUAUCCAUCGCUCUCGCCUUUAUCACCAAUGGCAGAAUGAGCGUCAUGCGAUAUCCCCUCUUCUAUUGGAAGCUUUAUUUGCUUGUGCAGGCAGACUAUCUGAUGAUCCUGCUCAAGGUGCUCAAUGGCUUGCACUGGCUAAUCGACACGAGCCUAGCUUCAUGGAUGUGCCGCGCCUGAGCACCAUCCAAGCAUUGCUCCUGCUACUUAAAGCUAGAGAAUCGGCGCCGAAGAAGGGUUACUACUAUCGCUCUUGGCAAACUGUGAAAACAAUCGUAUCAAUGGCCAAAGAUCUUGAUUUACACGAGCACUACAACGUCCAUACAGAUGGCGGCAUUUGCGAGUUAGAUCCAGCGGAAUGUUUGGUGCAAACAAGAGUUUGGCAGGCGUUGUUAGUGGUUGAAGUCAUGAUCGGAGCUCCCCAAGGCCGUUCUGACUACGGCGUCGACCCAAACACAGUUGAUAUGCAUCCGGAUUUGAACAUUCAGGGCUUAGACCAGUUCGAGAUUAGUCGCUCUCGACAAUUCGCCUACUUCAUUCGCAAUGCAUAUCAUAUCCGUAUCAUCACCGACGUUUAUCACAAGAUCAAGAGACAGAAAGAUUGGGGAGGCGACCCCAGAUUCUCCGAGAAAAAUUCGCUCUUCAGCGGCUGGUUGCAUAAUCUUCCCCCUGACUUACAGGUGACUUACCCUCACGACGGGUCUUCUCCUUGGAUUCCAUCUCACUUUGUCGCCAAUAUGCACUCCCAUUGUCAUCUAGGGAUUAUCCUGCUGCAUAGGCCACAAAUAGUUGCGUCCAAAUCUUUCGCUGCCGGAGGUGGUUGGAAAGCCCACCUGUCAUUAUGCUAUUCUUCGGCAAAAAACCUAUGUCGCCUCCAGGAGGCAAUCUUGGGGAAAUUUGGCUUAUCUGGUUUGCUUUUCAUGCAAAGGGGCAUCAACUUUGCGAUUUACUGCAUACUAACAUGUACCAUGUUGCAUUUGAUUGCAAUCACAUCUCCUGAUCCUGAUUUCAACACAGACGCAAGAGAAUACUUCACUCGACAUAUGCGUAUCUUAGAGCAAUGCUCAGCUGCCUGGCCGAUGCCGGAGAUUCAAGCGCAGAUUGACUCACUCAGGCUUGCAUUUUCCGCCGAUGUCAACCGUCCAUUUGACCUUAAGCCAACGUUUCCUUACGGAAGUCCGUCAGAGCCUUACCAUCCCAGUCCUCCUCCUUUCGAACCACAAUAUCCUCAUAUAGGCCAAGCCCAAAAUGACAUUCACGAUCACGUGCGUUCAUCCAUGGCCCUCGUUACUCCACCAAUGUCUAUUUGUGCUGAAGACUCCAAGUCCGAUCCCUCUCGAAUGCAGUCCAUACAGUUGAUGCCACACAACCACCCUUCAACCCAUCCGAGUGGUGCCUCGUUGGUUGAUGAUAGUAAUUGGGAUCCAACUCGCAUUAUCAAUCAAUGGGACAUGGCAUUCUCAGUAUCUCCAUCCAACAUCAGCGCCAGUUCACCUCCUGUUCCAAUACCGAAUACCACCCAAGUAGUAUCGAACUCGAUGGCCGCAUCCACUCAAUAUCAUAUUCCGUACGAAUCAUCCUCAAGAUUAGUUUCUGUCACGCCUGCUCCUCCCAUGGUCCAGUCUACCUUUAACCGCCAACCCGUUAUGAUAACAGCGCGAGAUUGGCAACGAAGUGUUGCCAGUGUAUAUGAUCCUCAAGGCCUCAAGAGAAGGUGGAACUCAAGCCUUGACGUUGGAUCUGCAGACACCGUGAAACAAGAGGAGUGA